AUGACAAUAACAAAUGUAUAUUCUCCAACAUUUGAACAACUUGAAAGUAUGAGUUUAACAUUACUUGAAACAAUAAUAGACACUUUAUUAGAAUUAAUGAAAGUUUGUAUGAAUAAUAUACCUGAUUGUCAAUGGUUAGGACAAUGGCAAGAAUUAGCUAAACGCAUAGUUUAUGGUUGCAUAUCAAAAACAACAAGUGAUGGAGAAAUCAAAGCAUUAUUACGAAUACUUGUUAAAACGCUUGAAUCAUUUUUUGAUAUUGAUUUAAUUGAUUCAGUAAUAAUGUGUUUAACACGUUUAUUAUCAUUAUUAUCAUCGGAAUCAAAAAUACAUAAAUUUAUGUCUUGGAUUGCUUUAUCAAUACUUCAAUUAGAAGAAACACAAUUAUAUGCAUCGGAUUUAUCUUUACUUGAAGAAAAUUUACAUAUACUUGGUUAUAUGUUAAAUUUAUUUGAAAAUACAAAUACACAUCAACAACAAACUUUAGAAAGAAUUAUGAUGGAUGCAAGAAAACCAUUAGAAUGA